AUGAAAACUGGCCUUGGUACCUUUUUCCCACAGUCGGCGGUUUUCCGCAAAACUGGAGAACUCUUCACCCUUCGGUACGCUCGUCUAGUUAGUUUUUUGUGUAUAAUCGAUCGUUAACACAUUUUGACAUUUCAGUGGCUCUUUUGACAGUCCUUUGCCCUUUCUUUCACCGCUUUUGACUGUACCUUGGUCGUAGGCAUUUUACACGGCAUUUCAAUUCUGGCAAUAAAAAUUGUGUAUUUUUAUCUCGCUCACACCGGCCAGAAUUUUUUGCGCUAAUGUCUGCAUCUCAGAACAUCAACGCUGUCAGCCGGAAAGAUAUAAGCACACAGUUAUUUAACAGGAAAAUCACCAUCUACUUUAAAAAACUGCUUGGAGGAUGCAGUCACUCCUUGUGCCGCCCUGCAGGGAAGGGGAAAGGUAGAUGUGCUAUCUCGUGAAAUGUUAACCGAAAUUCUGAAAUGAGUUUUAAUUUAAAAAGCUUAUUUAAGUAGGAUUGUCAUGUUAAUUGCCUCACCACAUAAUGCCGAAAGAUUUCAGUCACAUCAGGAUGCCAGCUUUCGAACUAGCUUCUUAUCGGCCGUCUGCGUUAACGUCAUUCCGUAAAAAUGGCUACUUAUCCAGUACGGAUGUUGGAAGCCGGGGUACUGAGGUAGACAAGGUAGAAGGGUAGGAUCCAUUCCGCUUCUGCUAAACCAGGCUGUGAUCAUACCCCCACGCUUCGACGCAACAGGAUCCAUUGGCCAAAGGUCAAAUCGGAAACUCAGACUAGAACGACUGUUUUAAAUGACUCUGCCAUUUAAUUUUAUGUUAGCACACAGCGCCUUAAUUUUCGUCGACUUGGUAAAAUAGGAAUCUUAAAAAAUGAAAUCCGUCCGCGUAAUCUGGCUGCACCACUUUUGGUCUGGACAAACCUUCUUGUUCGUGCUGUAGUUGCUUGGCUUUCCGAUGUCUGAUGUGAUGCGCUCUACAGAACAAUUCGGCCUGCAUUUUUCUACUCUCUGCCCACGUACAGAUCGGACUUGUGUGUCCCCCUCCCUCCCGCCAUAACCCAGAGUUGUGUACUCACUAGGCCUAUUUUUCUCCCCAUGCACAAGUAUAGGCUAAUUAUGUUUUUUUCCUGUCCAGACAUCUUUUAAACGUAAGUACCAACAUAACUGAGACACCGGACUUUUAUUGGGACCGACCGGAGGUUGAGAAGUUAUUCCAACAAUUGAAGAGUGCUCUGAGCAUUCAGAGUCGAACAAAGGUGGGCUUUGACAUGCUGAAUAAAAAAAUGUGUUAUUCCUAAACCUUUCUUACGUAUAAUAACCAUUUCUUCUUUAAGCGCACCUGACUGUUUCCCUGAAAUCUACUUUUGUUCAUCCACUCAAACGCCAAGGAAGACAAUUUUAUUGGUUCGAUCUCUAGUCGUUAUGUCAUUGAUUUUUUUCUGUCCGGAAACAGAUUCUUAACACAAAACUGGAUACUUGCUGUGAACUCGCCGAAAUUUUGACAAAUCACCUACAAGCGCGUCAUUCUUCUCGUCUCGAAUGGAUGAUAAUUGCUCUCAUUCUUGUCGAGGUAAGAAACCCCACAGCGACGAUCCUAUCUUUUUGCGCUUUUUCUAGGUUAUUUUCGAAUUCCAUCGGCUCUACGAGAAGUGGCAAGUUAAAGAGUGCACCACGUCAGCGGUCGGGAGUUGA